GUCUUUAAAUGGCGCGCGCGUGUACUAGGUGGAGGUUUAGUGGAGUCCUCUGAGUCCUCAUUAACCGUCACAGCGCACAGCAGCAGCUCGGCUCCGGACACACCACUACCAGUCAGUUUCCUCCGAAAGCGGGGAAAAACUUUCACACGAACUCACUUAUUUUUUUACUUUUAUUUUUUAACUUUUCUGGAACAUCUACAGAAACAAUACUGGAGUACUUUCCUGUUUGUGUGUCACGUCUUUCCGGCUGUUUGUGGACUUAAGGCAGAGCCGGAAGUGAGCAGGUACAAUACACCUGUUCAGGAAAGAAGCACGAGCCCCAAGUAUGAUUUGAAACGGUCUGAACCUGGAGGACGGGGGGAAGUGUUUUUAAUCUCCAUACCUUCACCGAUGGGGAAUCAGGUGGAAAAACUGACGCGUUUAAGUUACGACGAAGUUCCCACAGUCGACCCGAACGGCUACGAGGAUGACGACGGGCCGCGGAUCGGAGUCUCGUAUAUUUUCUCCAACGACGAUGACAACGGCGACGACGACGAAGAGGAGCACAGUGCGGAGAAAGGCGACGAAGAAGAGUACGACAGCCUGCGUGAAAUGGAGUGCGCGGUGUAUUACCGUGGUGAGUGUGUGUACGAGAGGAAGGACGCAGACACGGGCGCUCUACAGGCGUGUAAGGACCUGCUGAACAGAUGCAAACCCGGCGACUUGGUCGAGUUCGUCGCGGCGGGUCAGUAUCCCCACUGGGCGGUUUGUACAGGAGACUUUCAGGUGGUCCACUUGCACAGGAGUGAGAUUAAAAUGGACCACCUCUCCGACGCGGGUCAGGGCAGACGCGGACGAAUCGUCAACGACUUGUACAAGUUCCGCGCCUUGCCUCCGGAUGUAGUCGUGAAGAACGCGCUUGAUCAGCUCGGUGUGAAGGACAGCAGCCUUUCCUGGAGGAACCCGGAGUGUUUUGCUGCAUGGUGCAGGUUUGGUAAACGUGAAUUUAAAACCGGUGGAGAGCUGCGCAUUGGCAAGCAGCCUUACAGGAUGAAAUUACAGCUCUCUGAGAAGAGGAGCCACGAGCUGGAGUUUCAGAGUCUGGAGGAUUUGAUCAUGGAGAAGCGCAGGAACGAUCAGAUCGGUAGAGACGCCGUGAUCCAAGAACUGGCGAAUCAUCUCAACUCUAGUGAAGAGCUCAACAGCGAUUGCAGUUGUGAUUGAUUGAUUGAUUGAUUGAUUGAUUGAUUGAUUGAUUGAUUGAUUGAUUUAGGAACAUACUUUUCACACAUGGACAACUUUUUACACAGAUGACCAAGCUUUGAAACACCUACAUUCAUUCACAAUGAAUGCCAUGAUGCAAUUAAAGCCCAUGUCUCAUGAUCAUAAUAUCGUACAGGACUCAUACAUGGCAUCUCAUAUUAACGCUUAAGGUCAAUGGAUUUUUGCAUGUGUCUGGGUUGGCUAUUUAGAAGAGAUAGGAGAAGAGCAAUAUGUGUGACUUUUUAUGAAUCAGAUACUUUUAUUUCCAGCGAUAAAGGUACUUUGUUCGAUUAAAGAAAGCAGUGAUGGUCCUCUUCCUUGCCCUCAAAUGAUACACCAAAGUUAACGAGUCCUAAAUAUAUCAACUUGUUUUAUGUGUUGGUCUUCUCUGUGAGCACAGCCACAACAUGGCACAUUUCAACGGAUCAGUUAAACGUUUGUUUACGUUCAGUACGUUACUACAUGAAUCAGUCAUGUUCCACAACAUCAAUAAUUGUAAGUGAUUGAACAUUAACCUUCUCUAUAUAAUACAGUAUGAAUCGUAUUACAAUAACAGCACUGUGUUUCAUUUUCAUGAUUAGUUUUAUUUUGUUUGUUUUUAUAUAUAUAUAUAUAUAUAUAUAUAUAUAAAUAUACAUACAUACAUACAUACAUACAUACAUACAUACAUACACCAAACCUUACGUUCAGGUAUAGAGACACUACAUGUAAGCUCUGUGUUGCUCCUCUUGUCAUGGCUAAAAUGAUCUGUGUACCUUCUUUGUUUUUGUUUAUUCUUCUAUUUUUUACCAUGAAAAUAAAUACUAUUUUGAAUAACUGUUUUAUAAGUGCUACAGAUAGUGUGUGUGUGUGUGUGUGGAUAGAUAGAUAGUAGGUUCAAGCUUCAGCUGAAUCAUGUACGCAAUAUCCACGUGAAAUUUGAAACAUUCAACCGUGCACAAUCAUUACAGGUAUUUGUUGGAUUGAUGCACAAUUUGAAAUGUGUUUUGUUACACCAGUAAGAAGUGUUAUAAAGAAGCCACCGUUUUAUAUGAUGAGUAGCAUUUUGAGCAUUCUCUGAAGCCGGGGCUUUGAAACAUUUUGCAGCUAGGGAGCCCUUUAACUGCUAAAAUCAACUAGAGUGACCCCCACAGUACAUGUUUAUUUUACAAUGAGCUGUCUAUCCAAAUUAGACUCAUUAUUUAAAUGUGCAGAGUAAUAUUUUGGAGCCUUAUAUCGGAGCCAUAAUGCUUUCUACUCAUUAACUUUCUACUGACAGAACACAAUUUAUAUUAACAUUGUAAUUAAAUUUCAGUUGACAUUGA